CUCUCUCUGAACGAUCGACGGCUGCGUACGAGAAGGGCGGUGCGCCGGAGAUUGUGAGCUUGUCCUGAAGAAGAAUGGGGAGGACGCCGUGCUGCGACAAGAACGGGCUGAAGAGAGGCCCGUGGACGCCGGAGGAGGACCAGAAGCUGAUCGACUACAUCCAGGGGCACGGCUACGGUAACUGGAGGACCCUCCCCAAGAAUGCAGGGUUGCAGAGGUGCGGGAAGAGCUGCCGCUUGCGUUGGACCAACUAUCUGAGGCCCGAUAUCAAGAGGGGACGGUUCUCGUUCGAAGAGGAAGAGACCAUCAUUCAGCUCCACUGCUUGUUGGGCAACAAGUGGUCCGCCAUCGCCGCCCGCUUGCCCGGAAGGACCGACAACGAAAUCAAGAACUUCUGGAACACCCACAUACGGAAGAGGCUUCUUCGGAUGGGAAUCGAUCCGGUGACUCACAGCCCUCGCCUCGACCUUCUCGACCUCUCCUCGAUCCUAAGCUCUUCUCUCUACAGCUCAUCCCAGAUGAGCUUUUCGAGAUUAGUCGGAGUCCAGCCCUAUGUUAACCCGGAAUUCCUAACGCUUGCAACCUCGCUCCUGUCAUCUCAACAUCAACGUCACAAUUAUCUUCCGCAAGCACAGCAAGAUAUUAACCAAAGCCAAUGCCAAGCACUGCCUGAAAACUACCAAAUGCAAACUCCAGUUCAAGAAGUCCCGGCUUGCACGCCGGUGAGCACUCACAGUGUUUCAUUUUCCGACGAAGCUACCAGACUUCUGCAGUCCAAUCUAGAGCAACAAUUUCCGUCGAAUUUCGCCGGCUCGAGCUCCCAAAGUUCUCAAGUCAUUGAUUGGAAGGAUAAUGGGCUGUCCUCAAACUUUACGGAUGAUUAUGCUCUGAUCCCACAUAAUUAUGAGGACCUUUAUGUUCUUGAUCCAGCCAUAUCGAAUUCCUCGGCUAUAUCAACGCCUUCAUCGAGCCCGGCGCCAAUGAAUUCGAACUCAACGGGCAUCAAUGGUUGCGGCACUGAAGACGAAAGUUAUAGCAGCAACAUGAUGUUAACAUAUGAAGUACCGGAUAUUUUAGUAGACUGUAAUGAGUCCCAGUUAAUGGGAAGCUACCAAUUUUUCGGGUCUUGGAGUCGAUGUUGAUAACUAUAGAGCUUUCUUGUAUCAAACUUCUAGUGACUUCAAUAACAUUAUUACCAGGAA